AUAGAAGGCGGGGAGCUGAGGGCAGCGUUCCGCCCCCAAGACAGCCAGCAGGCAGAUUUACGCGAUCGGCUCUCUGCGGGCUGUGCGUGUAGUUCAGCCCUGAUGAAAGCGCUGUUUUCACUGCAAACGGGGGCAAUGUGAGAAUUCUGUGCAAGCGAGAUCGUUGUGGGUUCGUGUCCUUGUUUAUUUUAUUUUUUUUACAAUCAUCAUAAUGCUCUGAAUGUCGGGAACAAAGCCGACAUUAUUUUGGCAGUAAAAGCCAUCCUUAAUUACAUUUUUUUGCCUGAGAACUUGAAUGACUUCGGCUUUAUCGACUGAAGCGAAUGGUCAGGCUUUGUUGGGAUAUUAAGAAACUCCAAGGCUUCUGCACCUGUGGGAGAAAUUGAUUGAUACCCGUUUGAUACCGAAGGGUUCCCAGUUCCUCAUGGCCUGCUAGUGGGCAGUGACGGAAGGAGCAUGGUCAAGCACCAACCCCUGCAGGUGUAUGAGAGGCAGCUGUGUUUGUCAUGCCUGACGGGGAUCUACGGGUGUCGCUGGAAGCGGUACCAGCGGUCACAUGAUGACACUACAAAGUGGGAGCGCAUGUGGUUCCUCAUUCUCUCCUGCACCUUCUUCCUGCUGCUGGUCUGGUUUUAUUUCUGGUGGGAGGCCCACAACGACUACAAUGAGUUCAACUGGUUUUUAUAUAACAGAUCAGGGGACUGGAGCGAUGGAUCAGUCCCAAUACUUACCGCAACAGCUGCUGGCUUCACGUACAUUGUCUUUCUAAUGGUUUUAGCGCUGUGCCAUGUGGCGGUGGGACAGCAGCUGAACCUGCACUGGCUCCACAAGAUUGGAGUGACAGCUGUGCUGGUGACCACUGUGAUAGCGGUGAUGUCUGUGGAGCAGCUGUGGAGGGAGGAGUGGGAUAUUGUCCUCAUCUCUUUGCAGGCAAAAGGCCCUUUCCUGCAUAUAGGGGCCCUGGCCGUGAUGACAGUGCUGGCAUGGCUGGUGGCGGGGCAGUUUGCCCGGUCAGAGAAGACAGGUUUCCAGGCGGUUCUUUUACUUGUCUAUGCGUGUGCCCUGCUGGCUCUCUACCUGGUGCCCCUUGCCAUCACCUCUCCCUGCCUGAUGGAGAGAAGCAGCCUGUCUCCUCGGCCUGAGGUCAUUGGCCGUCGAGGAGCUCCAAUGCUUGCUCCAGAAAACACGCUGAUGUCCUUCCGUAAGGCCCUGCAGCAGAAGGUCAGGGGAUGGGAGGUGGACGUGACCAUCAGCCUGGACGGCGUGCCCUUCCUCAUGCGGGACCGCACUCUGAGGAGGACCACCAACGUGGAGUGGGUCUUCCCCGAGAGGCAGUUCGAGGACGCCGCCAUGUUCAACUGGACUGACCUGCAGGCUCUUAACGCUGGACAGUGGUUUCUGAAGGACGACCCCUUCUGGACGGCGCACCAGCUCUCCCAGAAGGACUUGGCUCAGGCCGACAACCAGUCCGUUUGCUCCCUAAGGGAACUGCUGCAGCUGGCAGCGAGGAACAACAGAUCGGUGCUCCUCACCCUGCGCCGGCCCCCCGAGGAGCACCCCUUCCACGACGGCUGGAUCAACGCCACCCUGGACACGGUGCUGCAGUCCGGAAUACAGCAGGAGCUGGUCAUGUGGACACCGCACACGGACAGACAGCUGGUGCGGCGGAUGGCGCCAGGACUCCAGCAGACCUCGGCAGUGAAGGCGUCUGUGGAGGCACUGCGGCAGGAAGGCAUCGUCAAGCUCAGCCUGCGUUACAACCAGGCCAGCCCUCGGGAAAUCAGGGCGUUCUCGGCUUCCAACAUCAGCCUGAAUCUCUUCACUGUGAACGAGCCCUGGCUGUUCUCUGUGCUGUGGUGCAGUGGUGUGCCAUCUGUCUCUUCCGAUGCCCCACACAUUCUUAAAAAGGUGCCUUAUCCCAUCUGGCUCAUGACUCCAGAUGAAUACUGCCUGGUCUGGAUAACAUCGGAUCUUGUUUCGUUUUCUUUAAUAAUAGGAAUUUUUGUACUCCAGAACUAUCACAUGAUCAGGUGGCGGCUGGGCAGCAUCCGCAGUUAUAACCCUGAGCAGAUCAUGCUGAGUGCAGCAGUGAGGAGGUCCAGCCGGGAUGUGAAUAUCAUGAAGGAGAAGCUCAUCUUUUCAGAAAUCAACAAUGGCGUUGGCAGCGCGGAGGAGCUCUCGCUGUGUGGUGACCAUGGCUACGACGGCUACGCCAACGAGGCCAUCACCCCCUUCGACCAGCCCUCACUGAAGAUGCACGUUCACUGACGACGAAACGCUUUACUUCCUCAGAGUGACAAGACUUCCGACUCCUGUCUUUUUCAUCGAGCUACUGUCUGCCUGCCUGCUGUGACAGUGGGAAAGUCUGGCCCACCCCACCGCUUCGUACACCUGUAAAUACAGUCCUGUUUUUAUUGUUGAAGCCUCAAGUGGAGUUGAGCUGGAGAACUAUGAGCACUUCUCACAGAGAAGACUGAUGAAAUCUGUGGCUUCCUCUCCCUUGUUAUUAGACUCUGAAUGUCAUCUCUGAGACUCCCCUGUGGUGGGACUUUUUGACCAGUUGAUGUUCCCUUUUCAGUUGAUUUACUCUGCACUGUCGUGCAAGGCUGGACUCCUGCACACUGGGUGACUUGAAUAUAAUCGCAGCCAGGCAUUCGAUUGUUUACUGUGAUUUAUGGGAUUUUUUUGUCAAUGUGCAGUUUACCCCAUGUGAGUAUUGAAAUGUUUUGUCACUGGAAACUACUGGAACGUUUUUUCAAACUUCAAAAGGUUUCUAAGGUUCAGUGUUACUAGUUCACAAGUUGAUAGAUUUACCUUUACCUCCACAGAAAGUGGAGAAAUAAAGAGUAGAAAUUGUCGCAGCGACUUCAGGAAACCUUCUUUGAAUUCUUUUGUUAAUAUGGAUAGUUGAUGUGUAAAACAUUUUUGUAUGCUGUUCUCCUUGGACUGAGAGUUCAGAGGUUUCAUACAGUAGGCCACAAGACAGAGGUGCCCCAGUAAUUGGGUGUUUCAAUCUUUCUGUAGACAAAGUGAUGUAAUUCCAUUUGAUAAGGCCCUGACAAUGUCAUUGUGAGAUUUUGCUGUGAAACCAGACAAGACCGUUUCUUGGCAUGUUCCAUUCAAAGCACAGUAGCUGUGACUAUAACAUAGAAUGAAAGUACACAGAUUAAGAAUAUUAAUGAGGUGGGCAUUAAAUAUUAAUAAUGGAACUUUAUUUUUUAACUCCUCCAGUGAUGUUUGGAAAAUUAAUAUGUAUUAGACAAUGUACAAAACAGAAAUUACAGUAUAAAAUAUUUAAUCUGGCCAAAUUUUGAUUUAAAACAUCUAAUAAUGAAAAGUAUUUUUAAAUAAUGUGGAAAAGCUAUACAGAAAUCAAUAUACUUUGCAUUUUGUUAAAUCUGUUUCUGAAGAACACUAUCACAGUGAUGCUUGUAAUGUGUUGUGCAGAUUAGGAGGAAGGGGCUUUUGCCUCACCACCAGCAUUGUAGUGCGUGAUUGCUGGUAGCCAGUAAAAAACCCCAGUGUGUCCCAGGGGACACUUCCACACCAGUUACAGCCCUUUACAGUGGCAUCGUUUGCGCUGCUGUUUCACAAAGCCUGGUCUCUCUCUGCUUACUGCACCUGCUUGUUUCUAUUAGGAAGCAGAUGUGUGUUUUCUUUACUUGCUGUACUUUACAGCUUCUUUAGUUUCAUCUCCAUCUCUGUUGUUCUAAGGUUUCAAGAGCACUCGCCAAAACGAUCUGAAAGGCUGUGAUGAUAAAACUGCCAAGUGAUAAUUUCAGUGUUCAUCGGUACUCUCACCGUCUAGUCUGUAGAAUUUACAUAUGAAGUUAUAGCUGAACAGCUGAAGCUGCUGUGAUAAUUUGACCUUCCUAUUUAUUUAAUUACAGUUUGAGUUGAGAUCUCCCGUUGCACUUGUCAUGCAAAUUGCUGUAUUCCAGAGGGUGUCUGGGAGUAAAAUUUAUUUUCAGUUCUUCCACUGCUAUAGUAAUUAGUAUACAUGUGGUUUGUAUUUUGAGAUUCACAAAAAGCUGGUCAAAGAUGUGCUGGGAACAUCACUAAUCAAUUUGGCUUUUUAAUUUUUUAUUUCAUUUUGUAAAAUUAUUGUAAUAGUUUUUAAUCUUCUUUUGACUGUCAGUUUGGCUUCCCAGUCUUCUGAUAGCGAUUUUUAAGAGAACUCCAAUGGAGAUAAUCACUUUAGUAGUUCUUACAUUUUGAUUUCUUUUAAGAACUUUAAAUGUAUAAGAAAUAGUAUUUCACUGUUGUGCUGACAAAAAAGGCUGGAUUGCAAUUAAAAACAAAGCUCUUCAAUUUCCCUUUUAAUCAGUUUAAACAUUUACAGUAAAUGCAUCCCUCUAUUGGGAUGGGCUCUCAUUUAUUGUGCUUGCACUGCAGUAUUAACUUUAACUUCUGAGGUUGGUUCCUAUUUGAAAGGUCAAUAAGUCAUUCCAGGUAAAGCUGGAAAAAUGUAAUCUUAAAAGGAAAUGCAGAUCAGUUAUUUUAUUUCAGGGUUUGCAGAUAUAAAAAUUCCCAGCCUAGACGUCCACAUCUGCAGGUUUUUGUACCAGCUGAGUUCUGUUAUGCAACUGAACCAUUAAUUUGUAAUUUAGUUGAUCCUCAACAUGUCCAGAGUUACUUUUUAACUACUGUUUCAUAGGCAACUGAAACUUCUAAGCAGAACAAUCCUAAUUUGUUAGGUCAAUUUAAGCAUGUAAUUAACAGGUUCAGCUGCAACAAAGAUCAGCAGGUGCUGAUCUACAGGACAAGAUUGGUAACCCCUAUUCUAUACAUCACUGUUGAUUGAAGUAGUAGAAAUCAAGUUGCCUAGUCACAGUUAUCUUUUCACAACUCCGGCUGAAGAUGUCAGUGAAAUAUUUAAAAUGGGACAAAACAUUUUAGACAUUUUUGUUCCAAUGUUUGCUGGAAUUAUAUGAAGGGACUAAGGAACAGAAGAACAAGUCAUUUUUAAGCUGUGAGGCACAGCUGUUGUCGAGUCUGGUCUUUCACAUGCAGUAGUGAUUUACCUUAUCUACUUGAUCAAUGGACUCCUCCCUCCCUUAUAAACAUUGACAAAUUGUUUUAUCUCCAUUUUGGAGUGGGUUUAUUAGUUCAGCUGUGUCCAUGCAGGUUUUGUCUUGCAGGCUUCAAUUCCCAUCAAUGAGCAGGUCUUAUUCAGUGUAACUGCAGCUACAGCCUGGCCAUCUGUGUGCAUCAGUCCAGGAGCCUCUGAAAACUCUCGUUAGACUAGAAAAAGAGUGCUGCAUUUAGCUGAGUGGGUGGAAUACAAAUUUUAAUACAAUUUAUCUCUAAUAGGUGCUGUUUGUAUCAGUCUCAGAACUUUUUUCAGUUUUUUUUAUUGUUGUAUGUGAAUGCUUUUUUCGUGAUACCAAUGGGUGCAAUAAAUUAUUUUCCAGUUUGA